GUCAAAUACUUGUCAAAUUUUUGUGCAAAAGUUUUAGAUCUUGAAAAUAUCAAAAUUGAUAUGUAAUUUUAAUUCAAAAUCAAUUAAUAAUUAGGAUUCUCUCAAAAUUAUUAAAGUGAAUUAAUCAAUUAUGGUUCCAAAUUGUUCCAACAAAGCUAGUCAAAGAAAAUCUCUUUUAAGCAAUCUUAAGGAUUUGGUGUGUCAAAUUGAUGGAUGUGGUGAUACUUGUAAACCGUGUCCUCCAUGUGUACCAUGUGUCGGUCCUGUAGGACCUGUAAUAGAGAUAUAUGACCCUUUACCGAAACCGUGUUUGCCUAUUUGUUCUCCAUUUGUCUCACCUGGACCUUGCGGACCGUCUUGUGGGCCUUGUGGACCAUGUGGGCCUUGUGGUCCAUGUGGGCCUUGUGGACCGUGUGGUCCUUGUGGUCCAUGUGGACCUUGUGGUUGUGCACCAGGCACAUGCCCUCCCAAAACCAAUUGUUGUCCAGUAGCAUGCCCCGCACCGUGCUGUCCUCCACCAUUGAUACCUCCAGUGCUCCCUAUAUGUACUCCCGUACCUACACCCGCAGUCCCACUUUGCAAUUUUAAUGAAGAGCAGCCUUGUGUGCCAUGUAAUCCUCCGAAGAUGAUGGUCUGUUAUAGAAGAGGAAAAUACCAGAGAGGCUGCGGAAAGCGAGCCAAAUCUAGAGAGUUGAGAGGGGGUAUCAUGUACAUGGGAUGCGACUGUGAGAGGUCUAAUGGUUUGCAGGAUAGCUGCAUGCGAUGGGAAUGCCAAGGCCAACCUUUGUGCGGUGGAAGAGGCCAUGCGCAUUGCGCUCCAAGUGUGUACUCCACCGGUAAACAUUUAACGAAAAAGUAUGCGGACCCAUGCUUGGACGAGUACCAGUGUUAUCCUGCUUAUGUCAAAUUACCUCCAAGCGGGCCAUGUGGUCCAUGUGGUCCAUGUGGUCCAUGUGGUCCACCAUGUGGUGCUCCUUGUGGUCCACCAUGUGGUGCUCCUUGUGGCCCACCAUGUGGUCCUCCAUGCGGCCCUGCCUGUGGUCCUCCUUGUGGACCGACUCCAUGCAGUCCGUGUUCUCCUUGCGGAGACGCUUGUUGGCCGAACCCAGUCUGUCCGCCUCCUCACGUGCCUUUAGUAGCAAAACCACCGUGUCCACCUGUCAUCAUACCGUGUCCACCACCAUUAGUGCCAGUUGCUAAAAUCGUUCCUGUAACUCCCGCCCCAGCUUGUCCUUUGCCGUGCGCUCCACCAGUAGCAGUUUGUCCUCCACCUUGUCCGCCUUGUUUACCACUUCCCCCAGCACCCAUUUGUGCUCCUCCUUGCUGUCCACCUUGUUGUAUGCCGUGUCCGUGUUAAAAAAAUAAGUAGGUGAAUUUGCUAAUGAGUAAUUAAUGAUAUGUUAAACAUUCACUAUAAGUUUCAAAAAACAUUGUUAGUAAUGGAAAAAAUAAUCUCAAGAUGUAUUAAAAAUAUCAAAAAGGUAUACGUUACAUGUAAUUUUAUAAAUGAAGUUAUUUCUUUGCCAUUAUUAAUUGUAAGUAUGGAAUACUCUAACUGUACUAUAAAACUUUACUCAUUGGCUGGUUCACUAUUAAAAUAUGUAAAAAAAACAAAAACUUGAAAAUAAAACAUAGUUUUAAACAACUUGAUCUUUGUUCUAAAAUCUUUCUGAAAAUAUUUCACGGAGGACUCUACAAAAAACUGGAAGAGGAUACAGAUGAUACCCAGUUCU